UGUUAAUCACGUGACAAACCUCUCGCGUAAAUAUUUUUCUCCUGAGGUUGAAUUGUCGCUAAACUCGCGUCUUUAAAUGCCCAAGAGAUCGCACCACCCAACUUUGACUUAAACGGAAUAGAAUAAGAUUGUUACGCCCGCUAUAUUCAAACAGGGCAGCUUACUUUACACUAUAAAUAUGAACGUGGAUCUUCCGCAAGCAGGACUGGCGGGAGCAGCAUCCAGCACAUCCAUCUCCAGCAGCAACUGCGUCCCGAACAGCGCAUCUGCAAACUCGAGCAGCAUCCCUGGGGUCGGGAGCACGAAUGUUUCCACCUCGGCUGCCAUGGCAACCCCAUCAUCCGACUCUGCUGUAUCAAACGGCGUAUAUGUGCCAUCAGGAAUCGCCAAUGGCGAUGUAAAGCCCGUCGUCUCAACUACACCUCUGGCUGACUUCCUGAUGCAGUUGGAGGACUACACCCCCACAAUUCCAGAUGCAGUCACAGGACACUACCUAAAUCGAGCUGGUUUUGAAGCCUCGGAUCCAAGAAUAAUCCGACUCAUAUCUCUGGCGUCCCAGAAGUUUAUCUCCGACAUUGCAAAUGACGCACUGCAGCACUGCAAAAUGAAGGGAACAGCCUCUGGCAGCUCCAGGAACAAAGCCAAGGACAAGAAGUACACGCUGACAAUGGAAGAUCUGACACCGGCCCUGGCAGAAUAUGGCGUAAAUGUUAAGAAACCUUACUACUUCAUAUGAAAGCUUCAUAAAGCCUAACUAAAUUGGACUGCUUAAAAUCACAUCAGAGCUCUGAAGAUGAUAUUCUGUAGUGCAGGAACCAUCAGCCCACAGGAGCCUUUAGGCAUUUAGCAGCUUUUUUCUAUUCUUUAAGCUUUUUUGACUUGUUUGAUUACAUAUUAGUAAAAAUGUAUUAUAAAUAAAUACCUUGUAAUUAAUUUCUACCAUAUUUUGUCAGUAAAAUCGUUUGGACAAUACUGUGUAUUAUGUUGUUGACACUUAGGUAGAUUAAUUACUGUAUAAAGAAAUGUGUUGGAAUUGUAUUAGUUUUACAGGGAAUAAGGACAUUUGAUGUCAAUUCAAAAUGUCUGUAAACAAUAUAUGAGUUUGUAAAAACA